CAUUAAAACGACAUCUGCUUCAUUCAUUGUGUAAUGUUUUACUUUAAUAAUAUCCUGAGGGUUUUAAUCGAGACAUCUAUGUUUGUAUUAACUAAGAGAUUUAUUAUAAUUAACGUUUCUGAUUUUUUACGUCGACACCGUAUUAGUUAUUACGAUUAAUUAUUGCGUGGAAAUUCAUUAAUGUUAUGAAAUUAUUUUUUCAUUAAUUUUGCCAUUUUGUUGUUAAAUUAUCUUACUUUGACUAAAUGUGAGAGAAGCACACAUAUAACCAGCAAUGAUUUGAAUAUACUAAUUCUGUUGUGGUUUAUUUCCAAAAGUUCUCGAUCACGUUUAAGAUCAAAUGAAAAAGGAACGACGAAAAUAGUUAUCUGAAGGUUAAUGCCAAGCUCCUCGGAAACGGCUGGCCGUUAUUUAAUUGCAAGAGGAAGAAACCAGUCACAUAACAUAUUUGAUUAAAGCAACACAUUUUUAGCACGCAAUUAUCUUAACAAUGAGACCAUCUGCCAACACUGAGGAAAAUGGAUUUCGCUCCAUGUUUACGAUUCAUAAAAUCAAAACUGUUUUAAAAUAUACUUUCCAACAAAUCAUCACCCAAAAACUGGAAGCAGACUCAAAAAUAAAUAAACAUUUGAUUAAAAGAUUACUAAAUGAGAUCAUACGCAUCGCAGAGGUCAGGAACAAGGUCAAAAGUUACGUUAAUUAUUCAAAUAUCGCCGCGAAGACGCUAAGGAAGACGCUUAAAUCGGAAUUCAGGGAGGAUGCACUGAGGCGAGAUCAAACUUUCAUAAAAAUCUUCUUCUGGAUGAACGGCAAUCAAUUAGGUCUCGGUGAAAAACUGAAAACGGAUAAAGAAAAAACCUAAAUAAAUGUUUAAAUUAAUUAUGCCUUGACGCAUUUACUCUUACGUGCUUACUUUCUGCGUCAUUGCUAUUAUUUUUCAACAGAAACCAUACAUAGUAAGGAGAAAUAAAACGUUUCCGAUUUUCAUGGCCGAAUAAAUUCUUUAAUAAAAUAAAAUUUUCACAUAUAAUUAGUCACAAUAAAAUCA